CGCACAAUUAUGAAUAGUCUCAUUGCUAAUGGAUAAUGUUAUACGAAAAGGAAAUAACUCGAGACAUUCGAAAUUUUCAAAAGUCAUGUAAGGAAAAGAAGCAGAAUAUAUUACAAGAUUAUAAGAAUGAAGAAAAAGAUCUAAAUGAAAACUUUCAUAGGAAUUACAGAGAAUUGGUUAAAUCUCAUAAAAAACAAUUGAGCGAUCUUCAGUCAAAGGCUGAGAAAAAUAAAAGAAAAUUCAGAAGGCAUCUAGAAUGUGAACUGCGUUCAGAGAAGAAGAAUUUAAAGAAAAUCUAUCAUCGAAAAUCACAAAGUAUUGAUCAAUUAACAAAUCUCAAUGAUUUACCAAUAUCAUCAAUCUCGUUGAAUAAUUUACAAACAUUACAAUAUAAUACUACUAAUAAUACUACUAAUAAUCAUACUACUACUACUACUACUACUGAUAAUCAUUCAUUCAUUGAUCAUUCAAAUAGUUCACCACAAUUACCACCGGAUACAUUAUCCAUAACACCAUCAUCUAAUUAUUUAAACAAAUAUGAAAUAAGAAGCAAUAAUCAUCAUCAUCAUCAUCAUAAUCAUCAUCGACAUAUUGGGUUAAAUAAACAUUUAAGUAAAAGUGAACAUACGCUUAAUUCAAAGAAAAGUUAUCAUGGAAUAGAAGAUGAUAUUAAACAUUAUAAUGAUGAAUUAGAAGAACGUUUUUAUCAAUGUUCAAUGAAUAAUAAGAAUAGAAUAGCUGAAUUAGAAUGGAAAUGUUUAAUUGAAAGACAAGAAUUAAGAAGAGCUUAUCUAUUAAAUCUUGGUGAAUUAAAACAACGUCGUAUUAUGUCAUUAUGUAAUAUGACUAGAUUACAUAUUAAAACAUAUUAUGAUAUACAAAGGAAAUGGUUAUGUAAUAUACAUUCCUAUGAAUCUAAUCUACGUCAUCAUACAAGUCAUGAAACAUUAAAAAAAUUAACGGAAUCCCAAGUGAUUGAACGUCAAACCGCUUGUAAAUUAUUAAAACAAUCUAUUAAAGGUCAAAAACAAAUGAUACAUUUAUUAGAGGAUAUUUUAAAAAGAAAAGAUGAAUCAUCAGAACAUACUUUGAUAUCUCUUAACAAUACUACUAAUAAAACUACUUAUUUACCUAAUAUAAAUGAAUAUCAUCAAUCACGAUUAUUAAUGGAACAAUUAAUGGAAUCACCAUAUUAUAUUCAUGAAAAUAAUUCAAUUGAUGAUAUUCUAGGAAUACAGAAAAAUCAUUUAAUACCAUUAUAUUCACCAAGUUCAAUAAUAUCUAUGAAUGGGAGUAGUCAUAGUAGUAGUGGUGGUGGUGGAGGUGGUCGCAGUGUUGGUGUUGGUGGUGGUGUUGGUGUUGGCGGUGGGGGUGGGGGUAAUAGAAGUAGUAGUAGUAAUAGUAGUUGUUGUUGUAAAGAAUCACAAAAAUCAAAUGAUAUCAAUGAACAAUUAAAACAAUCCAAUUCAAAUUCUGUGAAAACAAGAAUUAUUGAAAUACCAAGUGAUUUACAUCAACAAAAUGAUGUAAUAAAUAGAGUUAAAUCAACACAAAGUAUUCAUUCAACGAUAAGUGCAUAUGAAUCGCUAUCUAAAACAGUUUUAAAUAUUAUAACUAACCGUCAAAAUGAUUUAUGGACAAGUAUAUUAGAACAAGAACAAUUAUUAACAGAGAAUUUAUUAAAAGCACAAUUAGAACAAUUAAAAUUAUUGUUAAAUAGUGAAAAUGCUGCUUUAAAACGAUGUCAAAUGGAUUUUGAUAGUCGUAUUGCUUAUUUAUCCGUAACAUUGGAAGCUACUCAAAAAUUUGCUGAACAUGAAUUCGCUGAAGAACAAGAACGUAUGAUACAAUUUUAUUUUCCUAAUUCAAAUAAUAAUAAUAAUUUACGUUCAGAUUCUCGUUAUCCAUCAGAAAUAUUUCAAAGGGAUCAUUCUUUACAUGAAUUCAAUAAUGAUAAUAUAAAUUUAUUAAAAAAUAAUACUGAGAAUAUUGAAAAUUCACCAGAAAAUAUACGUCCUGUAUCAAGUUCCAUAAGAAAAUUUGAAAAAUAUACAAAUGAACAUGGACAAAAAAUAAUUCCAAUUACAUUUAAAACAUCAUCUUCAUCAAAAUUCAAUCCAACUAAUAUUCAAAGUGGAAUGGUACUUAGACAAGAUACAAAUUAAAUUGAUUGUAAAAGAUUCCGAGUUGUAUGAAUAUGUAUUUAACUAUCAAAUAGAGAAGGAGGAUGUGGAUGUGGAUGUGUGUGUGUGUGUAUUUCUUAGUACGUGGGAAGGGGGACAUUGUAACCAUGAUACUUAUAAUUCAAUAGCUUUUAUUGAUUUAUCCAUUUUUUUUUGAUGAUUGAUUAGUUUGUUUAUCAUAAAACUUGAUUUCAAGCAUGUAUACUUAACUAUUAAAAAAUAUACAUUUUUUCAUGUAUGUAGAAUAGAGAAUUC